AUGAAAGGCAAAAGAGCCACCGGCCGUUCGAGCGGUUCUGACCGCGGGGGUAUCCGCAAAAGGGGGGCUGUGAAGCGAGUUGAUCGAGACGGCGAUUUAUCCAUGGAUGGCGACGCUACCAGAGGUCGGGGAAAGAAAGCCCGGGGCGACACCGGUGGCCGAACGGGCACACGCGAUAGGGCCCUGAAUGCGAUCCAGAAAGCGAUCACAAGCAACACAUCCGAUUCCCAAGCGAACAUCCGGCAAGGAAAGGCCGGCAACACUCUAGAACAGGUCCGGGUCCACGGCUGGAAACAGAGCAAGGCGGCGUCGAAUCGUGACGGCGGACUCGAAAGUCUCCUCACGUUCCUUGAGAAAAAGCUCAACACCCACGAGUCGAAAACUGGGGGCCGGGCAAGGAUCACAAAGGUAUACAAGAUUUCCCAGAACGGCGACCAUCGAGAGACACUUGGCCCCAGAUUCCCCCUUCUUUCCCGGGUUGAAGGCGAUUCUCUGGUAGUCUUCAUCAAACCGGAGUUUUUGGACAGAAUGCUGCAGAUGAAUGGGUAUACUUUUGCAGGCGCCCCUCUCACAAUCGAAAGAAACGACCCCUCCGCAAACGGGAUGGACCAGCCCAUGCUCACGGAGAUAUCACGGAAUGGCGGCACAUCCUCUUCCACCGCCGACACCAAAGCGAAAAUGACGGCGAUCUUGGAGAAACGCUACUACCAACCUACCAAACUGCUCAACCUGUCCAAUCUCGGGACCGACCCCGAUUUACUGGCCAUGGGCAUCUUCAACAGCACAUCAACCGAAUCGAAGUUCUUCCCGGCUCUCAUGAAAGUAUGGGAGCUGAACUUCGACAGCUCGACGGCCCGCCGCGAGGCCGUCGAAAGCGUCAGCCUUGCCGACAAUCAGUUGGCAAAUGUAUCCGCCGUUACCUCACUGGCUCAGACAUUCCCGGAUCUCAAAAACUUGGACAUGUCGAACAACAACUUCAAAGACGUUCAGUCCCUGCUAGCCUGGCGAUGGAAGUUCCGGAAUCUGGAGUUCCUCGAUCUGACGGGGACUCCAUUCAGUGCGGAUCCUACCUUCAAGGAUACGAUGCUCAAAUGGUAUCCCAAACUGCGAAUCCUCAAUAACGUGGAAGUCCGGACAGCGGAAGAGGUAGCUGCACAGAAGAAAACACCUAUUCCAGUUCAGGCACCGCAUUUCGCCGACGAAUCUCAAAUCGCCGAGAACUUCAUCAAGUCGUUCUUCGUUGGCUACGACAACAACCGGAACGAACUUCUCAACGGAGUCUAUGACAAAGACUCCAUUUUUUCACUUAAUGUCAACACUACUGCACCACGAGCCCAACAGACCGAGACAGCUGGUUGGGAUCCGUACAUCAAGAAGAGCAGAAAUCUUCUCAGGAUCAGCCACCUCCCUGCCCGGAUGUCUCGCACUUACCAUGGCGUGGAGAAGAUCCGAGAGCUAUGGAAUUCGCUGCCCCCGACGAGGCAUCCUGACAUCGUGGCGAGCCGUGACGAGUGGCUGCUUGAAUGUUCUCCGAUCCCUGGACUUCCCGAUUCUGCUGGACAAAGUACCACGGGCGUUGGAGGGUUUCUUAUCAUGACGCACGGAAAGUUUGAGGAAUUGAUUGAUGGCAAGAUCGAGCUACGGAGUUUCGAUCGGACUUUUAUCAUUGGACCUGGCGGAGGGAUAGGUGGACUCAGGGUCGUCAACGACAUUCUCUGUCUGCGAGCGUACGGUGGACAUGAGGCUUGGUCCGUGGAGGAUUCCGCGCUGGCUCCUCUUGGUCAACCCGCGACGCCGGUUGCUGCGCCGGGUGCCCCUGUCUCAGCACCGGAGGGUUUUGGCAUGCCGGCUCCUGGGAAGCCUGAAACCCAGUUGCAACAAGAGCAGUUGGUGAUGCAGAUGAGUGCGAACACCAACAUGACGCUGCCGUACUCUGAAGCGGCUCUCUCCGGAAACGGCUGGAAUAUUGAGGCUGCCCUGAAGAAUUUCGAGGAACUGAAAGGGCAAAUUCCGGCCGAUGCUUUCCUCCCUGCGGCAGUCUAG